UCGUCCCCAGUCUUCCAUAGAUUGGUGCGCGGUGCUCCCACUAGAGAAAUGGUUUCCGCUCCUUGGGCAUCAUUUCUUAAGGGUAUAUUGAUUGGGAGCAUUUUCUGGGCUUUGGUAAUUAUGGUUAGGCAAAUCCACAGUCGACACGAAGGUCAAACUCGAGACCACAAACACCAUCACCUUAGGCCACCAAACGGAAAAGAGUUCUUCAAUAUCUCACAAGUGACACGAACGGAACUCAGCAAAAGUAUGCGUGUUUUUUGUAUCAUUCUCGGAGAACCCGAAGAUGAGAGUUAUUGGGCUAUGCUAAGAGAGACUUGGCCCAAACACUGUGACCAAGCAGAGCUCUACGGUGCUAAAAGUAAUCAUUUGCUCAACAGAAAUGACAAGUGGAAACUUAUGAGGGAAACUUACAAAGAUGUCUUUGAAAGGUAUGGCGACAACUUCAAGUGGUACUUUCUGGCACUUCCCACCACGUUUGCUGUCAUUGAAAAUUUAAAGUACCUUCUGCUGACAAAGGAUGCAUCACAACCUUUCUAUCUGGGCCACACCAUUACAUCUGGAGACCUUGAAUAUGUGACUAUGGAAGGAGGAAUUGUCUUAAGUGUAGAGUCGCUGAGGAGAUUUCACAGGCUUCUCAGUAAGUAUGAAAUGUGUGCAAAUCGAAGUGUGAUUUGGAAUUUAUCUUUUGAUAAGCAGCUGGCAAUCUGCCUGAAAUAUGCUGGCAUUUUUGCAGAAAAUGCAAAGGUUAAUGAAGGAAGAGAUGUAUUUAAUACAAAACCAAUUUUAGAUCUUAUUCAAGAGGCAAUGCUUAGUAACCCUCAGCAAAUUGUAAAAGGCUGCUGUUCUGAUAUAGCUAUUACUUUUAAUGGACUGAUACCCCAAAAGAAGGAAGUAAUGAUGUAUGGUGUCUACCGACUCAGAGCAUUUGGACAUCAUUUCAAUGACAUACUGGUUUUCUUGCCUCCAAAUGGGUCAGAAAAUGACUGAGGGAUGCUGUUC